AUGAGCUCUUUUUCACAAUUUGUAAUAAGCUCUUCAACAGGACCUUCUUCUGUCUGCCGCUGUCCUACCUGUGCCUUUACACAGUAUAAUCCAUUUGUGGCUGCAAAUGAAGGCAGAUAUUCCUAUGUCAUGAGAUGCAUGGUACACAUGUGUGUUACUCAUAAUGUAUCUCCACCUGUUACUUUUUCCACUGAUAAUAAUACUAUAAGGAAAUGCAUAAUUGCAUGUAAUGAUACCGACAACCUCCAUGCAGAAGCAGCUCGAGAAUAUGCUCUCAUGGAUAUUGUGAGAACUCUUGGACAUCAUGUCAACCCAUGCAUCUUUGAUCUCUACUCCAGCUACCUAUUUGAGGUAAACCACAGCUGGGCCUUAUCAUUAUGGUUGGAAGCAACCAGAUUCAUUGCCUCAAUCAAUAUAACAAUCUCUAAAAAGAGUAUUCUUAUUCUAGAAAAUAUGUUCGAAAUGAUUUAUUCCAAAUUAACAGAUAAUGAAGAUUAUGAACACCAACCAGAUGAUCUUCAAUUCGUUGACAACAUUUGCCAUAUUUUCUAUAAAAGUAAUCACUUCCCAAAAGAACUCAUCUCCAAGCUCUAUCUGAUCGUUGAUUGUGAUAAUGGGAUGGAGCUCGUUCCCUUACUCAAACAAACUGGUACCUAUCUUGAAUAUUUAAUAGCAAGGAAUGACCCUACUCCAGUAAAGGAAUUGGAUUGUGAUAUACUGAAAUGGAACUAUCAAAUCGUUCCACCAGAUGAUCUGUCAGAGCGUAGACUUUAUCGUUUGCUGUACUUUAAAAUACGGUUAGGCUUACCAAGUUCUGUAACUGACUUGUUUAAUUUCAUGUUUGUUGAGCAAUUGAUUGGUGACUCACCAAUUAAGGAAUUGUUGGUUGAUAACUUUGAAACAUACAUUCAAUCCCAUCCAGAGCAUGCAGAGGCUAUCAGAGCUACUCUCCUUGAAACCACUAUUACCUAUGCUUAUGAGGGUAAAUGGGAUGUGGCUGGAUUGAAUAUAAGAAUUUUGGGAAAGAUGGGGAGAGAAUAUAAUGAUUUGGUCCAUUUGAUCCAGUCGUGUGUUAACCAUUAUAGACCUAAUGAACUGAAUGAAUUCUUUACGGAAUUCUUGAUAGAUGUUCUUUUCCUUUUUUAUAAGGAGAAGCAUAAUUUUUCACUUCAGCAAAUACAAGCAAUAGAAAAUCUCUUCAAUCUCUUUACGGAACAUCUUACGCCUCUUGAUUCGUGCUUUGACCUUUCUGAAAGACAAUAUAUAGAAAUAUUGGAUUUAGCGUUGUCAUUCAAAGAGAACAGGUCCCACAGAUACCAAGGAAUAACAAAAAAACUAGUUUCUGCAUUCGAAAGUGCAUUACACUGUUGUGUGGAAAGCACAGAGUUUCUAUUGCAGCUGUUUUGUGAAAGGUGGGCUAACAGCUUGGAUGACCAUACUCAAGCUUCUAAAUUCCAUGAGCUAUUCGAAGAUGACACCAUUUGGAAUCAUGCUCUUAGCUCAGAAAUCCAAAAAACAACUAUAUCACGUAUUCGAAUCCUGAAUAAGCUCUUAUCAAACAGACCUCUUCUUGAUUUAUUCCUACCACAAGAAACUGCAAGAGAUCAUCUUGGUUACAUUUUAGGUGUCACCUCUCAAUCUAAUGUUGUUGGUUAUCGUAAGAACAGUCCACACUAUCAAGAGUUUCUGAGGUUUGGUACUUUAGUGAACAGUGUUCUGGAAUUAAUUGAUCAAGACGUUUAUAACGGAGCUUUACCUUAUGAGAUUUACACCAUAUCAAUCUACUUUUCAAUUUUAUGUAAAUUCUAUGCAGAAGAAGCCAAAGAUCAAGAGCUUCAAUCCUUUGACAGCUUUUUAAAAGUAAUUCUAGUAACUGCUGAUGAAAAUGGUUAUGACCAUAGUGUUCUCCACACUGUCAAACUAUUAACUCAAAAGAAGGUUUAUCUUGAAAAUUCUGAAGCAACCUUGACUCUCUUUGGGAUUUGUAAACUUUUAAACCUGAUUAAUUAUGUUAUGAACAAUGAUACCAGUGAUUCAUAUGAUUUUUCCGAAACUUUGAAUUACUAUCAAAAUCAGCCAUUAAUGAGAGAUGCUCCACAUCAAAACACAAUUCAAAAUCUAAUUGAAAAGCAUCAAUUAUUGAAGAAUUUAUCUCAAAGCAAUCGAAUGACUGAUGAAUAA